AUGCCGCGCGCGCCCCGGUGCCGCGCCGUGCGCGCCCUGCUGCGGGGCCACUACCGGGAGGUGUUGCCCCUGGCCUCCUUCCUGCGGCGCCUGGGGCCCCAGGGCCGGCGGCUCGUGCGGCGUGGGGACCCAACGGCCUUCCGCGCGCUGGUGGCCCAGUGCCUGGUGUGCGUGCCCUGGGACGCGCGGCCGCCCCCCGUCGCCCCGUCCUUCCGCCAGGUGUCCUGCCUGAAGGAGCUGGUGGCCAGGGUGGUGCAGAGGCUCUGCGAGCGCGGCGCCAGGAACGUGCUGGCUUUCGGCUUCGCCCUGCUAGACGGAGCCCGCGGCGGGCCGCCCGUGGCCUUCACGACCAGCGUGCGCAGCUACCUGCCCAACACGGUAACGGAGACUCUGCGUGGCAGCGGCGCAUGGGGGCUGCUGCUGCGCCGCGUGGGCGACGAUGUGCUCACCCACCUGCUCACGCGCUGCGCGCUCUACCUGCUGGUGGCCCCGAGCUGCGCCUACCAAGUGUGUGGGCCUCCGCUCUACGACCUCUGCGUCCCCGCCGUGGCUCGGCCCUUCGCGUCCCCCGGCCACAGUCCUGGGACCCGGAUGGACCUCAGACCCACGCGCCAGGCCUGGAACUCCGGCGCAAGGCGGCGUCGGGGCAGCUCCGGGAACAGUCCUCAGCCGGCCAAGAGGCCCAGGCGCCGCGUGACCCCAGAGCCGGAGCAGGGGACCGACAGGCCUGCCCGGGCCCAUCUGGGCAGGGUCCACGGGCCAAGUGACAGCAAACCUGGCGCAGUGACACCUGUCAGGGCCGCUGCGGAAGCUGCCUCGUGGGAGGGAGGGCCCCCUGGGACUCGUCUCUCCUCCCCGGCUGCACAGCCAUCUCAGGGGCCCCAGGGAGUACCCCAUCACCCAGCGCACCCCGAGACCAAGCACUUCCUCUACUGCUCGGGAGGCAGGGAGCGGCUGCGCCCCUCCUUCCUGCUCAGCGCCCUGCCGCCUAGCCUGACCGGGGCCCGGAAACUCGUGGAGACCAUCUUUCUGGGCUCCGAGCCCCGGAGGCCAGGGGCUGCCCGCACGACGCGCCGCCUGCCCGCGCGCUACUGGCGGAUGAGGCCCCUGUUCCGGGAGCUGCUUGGGAACCACGAGCGGUGCCCAUAUGGUGCACUCCUCAGGACCCACUGCCCGCUUCGGGCCGCGGCCCUCGGGGAUGCGCCUCGCGACCAGGCGUGUGGAGGAGUGGGCGUGUGCCCUUCGGAGAGGCCAGCGGCAGCCCCUGAGGAGGAGGCGGACCCGCGGCGUCUGGUGCAGCUGCUCCGACGGCACAGUAGCCCCUGGCAGGUGUAUGCUUUCCUGCGGGCCUGCCUGUGCUGGCUGGUGCCCGCUGGACUCUGGGGCUCCAGGCACAACCAGCGCCGCUUCUUGAGGAACGUGAAGAAAUUCAUCUCUCUGGGAAAGCAUGCCAAGCUCUCGCUGCAGGAGCUGACGUGGAAGAUGCAAGUGCGGGACUGCACCUGGCUGCGGGGGAGCCCAGGGGCUCGCUGUGUCCCGGCCACCGAGCACCGUCGGAGAGAGGAGAUCCUGGCCAGGUUCCUGUGCUGGUUGAUGGGCACGUACGUGGUUGAGCUGCUCAGGUCGUUUUUUUACGUCACAGAAACCACGUUUCAGAAGAACCGGCUCUUCUUCUAUCGGAAGAGUGUCUGGAGCCAGUUACAGAGCAUAGGAAUCAGACAACACUUCACACGUGUGCAUCUCCGAGAACUGUCAGCAGCAGAUGUCCGAAGACACCACGAAGCCAGAGCGGCUCUCCUGACAUCCAGACUCCGCUUCCUCCCCAAGCCCAGUGGACUGCGGCCAAUUGUGAACAUGGACUAUGUGCUGGGAGCCAGAACAUUCCGCAGAGACAAGAAGGUCCAGCACCUCACCUCACAAGUGAAGACACUGUUCAGCGUGCUGAACUAUGAGCGGGCCCGGCGCCCCAGCCUCCUGGGGGCCUCCGUGCUGGGCAUGGAUGACAUCCACAGGGCCUGGCGCGCCUUUGUGCUGCGCAUGCGGGCCCGGGACCCGGUGCCCCAGCUGUACUUUGUCAAGGUGGACGUGACCGGGGCGUAUGAUGCGCUCCCACAGGACAGGCUGGUAGAGGUGAUGGCCAAUGUGAUCAGGCCUCAAGAAAACACCUACUGCGUGCGCCAGUAUGCCGUGGUCCGGAGAACUGCCCAGGGACACGUCCGGAAGUCCUUCAAGAGACAUGUGUCCACCUUCACAGACCUCCCGCCGUACAUGAGACAGUUUGUGGAGCGUCUGCAAGAGACAAGCUCGCUGAGGGACUCCGUGGUCAUCGAGCAGAGCUCCUCUCUGAAUGAAACCAGCAGCGGCCUUUUCCACCUCUUCCUACGCCUGGUGCACAACCAUGUCAUAAGGAUCGGGGGCAAGUCGUACGUCCAGUGUCAGGGGAUCCCUCAGGGCUCCAUCCUGUCCACUCUGCUGUGCAGUCUGUGCUACGGGGACAUGGAGAGCAGGUUGUUUCCUGGAAUCCAGCAGGAUGGGGUGCUCCUGCGCCUGGUGGAUGACUUCCUGCUGGUCACGCCUCACCUGACACAGGCGCAGGCCUUUCUCAGGACGCUGGUCAGGGGGGUCCCCGAGUACGGCUGCAUGGCCAACUUGCAGAAGACUGUGGUGAACUUCCCUGUGGAGGACGUUGCCCCGGGCCGCACGGCCCCCCUGCAGCUGCCGGCCCACUCCCUGUUCCCGUGGUGCGGCCUGCUGCUGGACACCCGGACCCUAGAGGUGUCCUGCGACUACUCCAGCUACGCCCAGACCUCCAUCCGCUCGAGCCUCACCUUCAGCCAGGGCGCCAAGCCCGGGAGGAACAUGCGGCGCAAGCUCUUUGCGGUCUUGCGGCUAAAGUGCUGUGCUUUGUUUCUGGAUCUGCAGGUGAACAGCGUCCACACAGUUUAUACAAACAUUUACAAGAUAUUCCUGCUGCAGGCCUACAGGUGGGUUCCCCGGCCGCAUGGCCACAGGCGGCAGGCCCACCGUGGCCCCAGCCCUCCCUCGGCCGGGAGAGCAUCCUGCCCUCCUGUGUCCCAGCUUAUAAGGAUGAGGUAUUUGCCAAGUUUUCAGCCGCAGACGCUGCAGCUUCGUGAGUGUGCGUUCCACGCGUGUGUGCUCCAGUUCCCGUUCAACCAGCCAGUGAGGAAGAACCCCUCCUUCUUCCUCCGUGUCAUCUCGGACACCGCGUCGCACUGCUACUCCCUCCUGAAAGCCAAGAACACAGGGAUGUCCCUGGGCGCCAAGGGCGCCUCCGGCCCGUUUCCUUCUGAGGCUGCACGGUGGCUGUGCCUCCAUGCCUUCCUGCUCAAGCUGGCCCGUCACGGUGGCACCUACAGGUGUCUUCUCGGGGCUCUCCGGGCAGCCAAAGCACACCUGUGCCGGCAGCUCCCGAGGGUGACGCUGGCUGCCCUGGAGGCAGCAGCUGACCCCAGCCUGACCGCAGACUUCAAGACCAUUUUGGACUGACGACGGGUCCUCCCAGCCCAGAGUGGCCUCCAGGGCCCCUGAGCCCCAGUCCGUGUGCCUUCACGCGGUGGGACGGGCCGGCUCACCUUCAGGUCUCGGCCCUUUCUCCCCUGAGACUCUGAGACUUGAGCUGCUGGUUGGCACCCCCAGGAGAGGUUGGCCCCCGUGUCAUCGGGGAGGAGAACACACCCAGCACCCUCUUGUGAUCAGGGUUGUUCUUCAGCCACUGGCUGCCAGGAGGGGGCAGGCAGGAGCACCGGGCUGGCGUGUCCGGUCUGUCUGGACCUUUGUCACCCCCACGGGGGACUGCCCCAGUCUGCACACGUGUCCCGAGGGCGCUCGGCAGUGGGUGUGCUCUUUCCCGCUACCUGCACAGGCCUGGACUGUCCCCGCCCGCCCCUGGCCGUCCCCUGUGCCGCGUCCAAAGUCUGUGUCCCGUGGAGCUUUCCCCAGAAGCUAAUGUCCAGUCAGCUGUUCCAGACCCAUCCCCGCCCAUCCUUGGGACCUCGCCCUGCGCCCCCCACACCCUGCUCUGGCCUCCUGGAGCCUGAGUGUCUGGCCCACCCCACGUGCCGCCAACCCCACUUCUGACUCUUCCCUGCCGGUCCCUGCUCUGCACACAGUGGCCCUGGGUCUUCCUGGUGGCGCUCCUCUGCAUGGCCUCCGCCCCUGGACCUGCCACCUCCGGUAACUCCUGGGGAGCCACAGAAGGAACAUGCCGAGCCUUUGCUCUUAGAGGCUUCCAUUUACCCGUGUUUGUAUUAAAACGCAUCCUGCGUGAGGCAUGCA